CAGUGAAAGCUGCCUGGCCAGUUUCUCUGGAUUACUUACCUGGAAGGUGCAUCAGUUUCGGUUAGUGGAGAGAGAGAACGCGGAGGAAAUAAACAAACAGCAGGGGGUCGGAGUCGCUCUGAGAAACGCCACGUUAAGUGAGAUUUCUGGAGCUGGAGCUCUUUAGUGAAAAAUAUAUUACGUGGUAGGGAGCUGAAGGCAGGAGAGAGUGUGUGUGCAGGUGUGUGUGUGUUCUGCGAGGCAAGUCCUCCAAGGCAGCUCUCUGCAUCGGAACAGCGCGCUCGUGAUCAGCUGGACCUCAUUUCCUCGGAGAGCUUAUACGGACCUCCAGACGUCACUUUCUGCGGUUCGCCGCGACGCUUCGGCCGCUUUUUCUUUCAUUUGAAAGAUGAUGGGUUUUCUGCGCAGGACGUUCAGCCUCCGUUCACGGAGACGCUUUCGGCCGUCCGAUGAGCUCGAUGGAGGCGGCCGAGGUGUGAACCCGGUGCUUCAGGCGCACCAGCAGCAGAUGCCCGCGCCCGCCGUGGUAACCGGAGGGACUGUGGUUCACAUCCCAGCCGCGGGGAACAGCAAAACGGCCAUCACGUGCAGAGUUCUGCUGUUAGACGGCUCAGAUGUCAGCGUUGAGUUACCGAAAAAUGCAAAGGGACAGGACCUGUUUGAUCAAAUCAUGUAUCAUUUGGACCUUGUGGAGGCUGAUUAUUUUGGACUGCAGUUCAUGGACCCCGAGGAGGUUGCGCACUGGCUGGAUGCCGGCAAACCCAUAAAAAAGCAGAUUAGAUACGGUCCACCAUACAGGCUGUUUUUCAGGGUAAAGUUCUACUCCUCAGAACCCAAUAACCUUCAUGAGGAGUUCACAAGGUACCUCUUUGUGCUGCAGCUCAGACAAGACAUUCUGUCUGGCAAAUUAAAGUGUCCAUAUGAUGUAUCUGUGGAUCUUGGGGCUUAUUGCCUACAGAGUGAGUUGGGAGAUUGCGACCCAUUGGAACACACUCCGCUGUUGGUGUCAGAGUUCCGGUUCUCACCUAACCAGACCGAGAUCAUGGAGGCGGACAUUUACCGCAAAUGGGCCGAGUGCAGGGGAAUGAGUCCGUCACAAGCUGAGCUGAACUUUCUCAAUAAGUGUAAGUGGCUGGAGAUGUAUGGAGUUGACAUGCACUUUGUGAAGGGUCGUGAUGGGGGAGAAUAUGCUCUGGGUCUUACCCCAACAGGAAUUCUGGUGUUUGAAAGGUCCAACAAAAUUGGCCUCUUCUUUUGGCCCAAAAUCACACGUCUGGACUUCAAGAAGAACAGGCUGACGCUAAUGGUGGUGGAAGAUGAUGAUCAGGGUCGUGAGCAGGAGCACACAUUUGUGUUUCAGCUCUCUAGCUCAGCGGUGUGUAAGCAGCUGUGGAAGUGUGCUGUGGAGAGCCAUGCCUUUUUCCGCCUCAGACAGCCGACUCAGAACAAAGCAAGUCGCAAUGACUUCACACGCCUCGGCUCACGCUUCCGCUUCAGUGGAAGGACUGAGUAUCAAGCGACUCACUCAGGCAGGGUCAGGAGAGCGAGCACUUUCGAAAGACGGCCAAGCAAAAGAUAUCCAUCCAGAACCCAAUCGCUAGGCAAAGCCAUUACUCCAGCAAAACAUCACCAUCCAAGUGCCCAGCCUAGUCCUGAUCCCAGCUUAAAACCGUAUCAGCACAACAUUCCGAUUGGUCAGGAGCCUUGGUCCAGAACACAUCCGCCCAGUUUGACCCCACCCCUUUACAUCCAGCCCACAGAAAUGGGACACAAUCCACCACCUCACAGUUUCCCACUGAGCAGUGCAGAUACCCAAAGGUUCAGUGUGGAAGAGAAUGAAACUCUGCUUUCUGCAACACUCCACUACUGCUAUCGUUGGCAUGGAUAUGAGAAACCAGGAGUUCCAUGUCUCACUUUAACAAAGCCUAAGCCAUGGGAUGUGCCUGCAGGACACACACAAGAUCUUGACCGAACUUUACGGAGUCCGAAACAGUUACAGCCAGAUGCAAUAUCCUGGCCAACACUUCACAUCAACAUUGAUACAGCAGAAGAAAAGCGAUUGUCAGAGAAAAGCCUUCCUUCGUCUCCAGCUGGCAUACAGGAUCGGCGCAAAAACAAUAUUCUCAGACACAUGAUGCACAGCGAGAGUGCAAAUUCAAAGGGGAAUUGUUCUAGUGGAGACCAGAACAACAGAAUCCCCAGCUCCUCUCAGGAUUCAGCCUCCAGCAGUGUGGCUACAGAAAAACCUCGAGUAGAACGUCGCAAACGCCUUGUUAGGCAGUUCAGCUUUAAUCACAGCGAUGAAGAUGACCUCCCAGAUGCACUCGCGGCCAUAUCUUCUCAGAGCAAAAUGGGAAAAUCUACAUCUAACAGCUCACUGGACAAACAAGUCCAGCCACCAAUCUACCCCCCGCAAAAGGUCUCACCAUUGGAGCACAGCAACAAAUCGCCGUUUUAUUCAGGCAAUGAAGACCUGAGAAUGGAUAGAGAAAAACUGCUGAGAGCAUUACUAAUGACAGAACUCUGAGACUAUACAGACAUUCGUACAUGUGCAUAAUCAGUUGCGCUGUAGUCAUUUUCUACAUUUACAUGGUAUUAAGUCUAUUUUUAAUUGUAAAGCUUAUCACUCUUGCAGCGCACAUGGACAUUCAUACUUCUAAAAAUGUCCAAUAUUAUGUUAUUUGAAACCAUGUUUACUCCCCCCCCACUCCCUUUAGCUCUUUCAAAAUGCUACUUUAUUUAGUCCUCAUGCUUGUUUCAUGCCAUGUUUAGAGCAUAUUGUAUGUGAUUUAUUGUAAAUAAUGCCCUGCACAUACCUACUGUACAUACAUUGUAAAAAAAAAAGAAAGAAAAAAGUGA